AUGGGGAAGGUGGAGUUGGAGGAACGAUGCCUUGAGAACAAGCAAUCGGCAGCUGCUUCUAGCUCAUCCAUCUCUGAAGGUAGUAGCGGCAUUGUCUUGCCAAAAUCCCCACGAACUUCUAGUCCAACUGCUACAUCUCCACCUCAUCGAAGGACAAGUGGACCUAUCAGAAGAGCAAAAGGGGGAUGGACCCCAGAGGAGGAUGAGACUCUAAAAAAAGCUGUUGGUGUUUUCAAGGGCAAAUGCUGGAAGAAAAUAGCUGAAUAUUUUCCUGAUAGAUCAGAAGUCCAGUGUUUGCAUCGGUGGCAAAAGGUUCUUAAUCCAGAACUUAUUAAAGGUCCAUGGACUCAAGAGGAGGAUGAAAAAAUUGUUGAACUUGUAAAAAGAUAUGGGCCCACAAAAUGGUCUCUGAUUGCAAAGUCUCUCCCAGGUCGUAUUGGGAAACAGUGUCGCGAAAGGUGGCAUAAUCAUUUGAAUCCAGAUAUAAAAAAGGAUGCUUGGACCCUUCAAGAGGAAUUAGCCCUCAUGAAUGCACAUCGUGUGCAUGGGAACAAAUGGGCUGAAAUAGCAAAGGCAUUGCCUGGGAGGACUGAUAAUGCAAUAAAGAAUCAUUGGAAUAGUUCUUUAAAGAAAAAGUUAGAUUUUUAUUUAGCCACUGGAAACCUUCCAACUGUUUCCAAGAACGAUGGAGACAUGAGCAAAACAAGUUCAACCGGAAAACUGAUAACUUGUUCGGUUACAACCGCCAGGUCAUCACCGGGACCCGCAGAACAACGCAAGGUAGAACCAGAUUCCAUGGAUGAUGAUAAUAACAUAGAAUGCUCAACCCCUUCACAAGACAUAGACGCCUCAUCAACUUUUCUCCAAUCCGGAUCCACUGAUUCCGAAGCCGUUGGAAUCAGGUCACACCCUUCAAAGAUUGAUCUAAGUCACCUUAGUCGGAAUCUUGUUCCAAAGUUCGAGAGUUGCAGUACGAUUCCGAUUCCGAUGCCAGUCCGGGAUGGAAUCAAUCAGGAGACGUUAAAUGCGACUCCGAUUCAAUCCGUGAUUCCGACGUAUGGUUCUUUGUAUUACGAGCCACCACAAAUUGGAAGUUUCAUGCCAACGGAAUUGGGUGUUCUUUAUAUGCCAUGGAAUUCCCGUGACUACAAUUCAAUUCCAAUGAUAUCACCUCGGUGUUCUUCAACUCCGCCUUACGCCGACAAGUGUGGUGGUGGCGGCUUACAUGGUCAAACCCCGGAAUCAAUCUUGAAAAUUGCCGCCAAGAGUUUUCCAAAUACGCCCUCGAUAUUAAGAAAGAGAAAAGAUCAGUCAUCUCUUUCGUUUCACAAGAUUCCGAAGGGUGAUGAUGUGGCAAGGGUUUUGAGCGCUGAUAAUUCAAGGAAAGGUAACAAUGAUUUGGAGGAAUCGGAAUCGGAAUCACAUGGUGUAGGUACUGUUAAUACGACAUAUAAUGCAUCCCCCCCUUACCGAUUAAGAUUUGGGUGUGAAAGACAACUCUAUGACCAAUGCCUGUUCGAAUGCAUCAUAACAUAUAUUAUUGGAUCACUCUUGAACUUCUGAAAUUGUCUACAAAGGAUUGCUGCCACGUUGUACUUAAGGAGGGAUGCUCUCAAACACAUAUCUCAUCUUGCACAAAGCAAUUAAAGAGAUCUUAGAUCUCCGCAAAUAUUACCAAGACUGAAUGCUUCAAAAUAGAG